AUGCACAGAAGGGGUGUUGGUCUGGCGGCUUUCGACAGGCAAGAGCAGUCACAACGUUCCUUUGCUGAGCUUUCUUCGGCGCUCUCCCAAUCACAAGUUGAUCACCUCCAUCUACAACUUAAUCAAUUCCGCACCGCUCUGGUCCACUUUGCUACCACACACCGUAAAUCCAUCAAGAACGACCCAUCUUUCAGAUAUGCCUUUCAACAGAUGUGUUCUUCAAUUGGCGUGGAUCCUCUCGCUGGCCCACGGAAAGGCGGCUGGUGGGCUGAGCUACUUGGGCUAGGCGACUGGCAACACGAACUCGGGGUGCAGAUCAUUGAUGUCUGUGUUAGCACAAGGGAAAGGAACGGUGGUUUGAUAGAGAUGUCAGAGCUUAUAAGGCUUGUGAGCAAGCUUCGUGGUAUAAGCGAGGGCGCGAUCACCGAAGACGAUAUUGUGCGGAGUGUCAAGACGUUGCAACCGUUAGGUGCUGGAUAUCAGAUAGUCGAAAUCGGGGGAACCAAAAUGGUUCGAAGCGUGAUGAAACAGCUCGACGAAGACCAGACUGUUGUUCUUUCUAUCGCACAGGAAGAGGGGGGGAGAAUUAUCGAGGACAUGCUCAUACAUCGCAAAGGAUGGACACGGGAUCGCGCACGCGCAGCAUUGGAAAAUAUGCUGCUACGUGAUGGGCUCUGCUGGCUAGAUGAACAAGAUGAACGUAGUGGAAGGGCGUAUUGGAUUCCGUCUGCCAUGCAGUGGGAUCUUGGAGAAGGAGUUGAGACAACAUAA